AUGUCUACUCGAAUACAGCAAGCAACAGCGCGUCUUCAGUCACUUCCCUCUAUUGCACUCCCCACUGACUACCCACGUCCUUCUCCUCUCCGCCUCGUAGAAGCAGUCCAGUCACACGACCUUCCACUCACAACAUCCCGCGCUCUCCUCAAGCUCGCUCUCUUCCAAGAAGGCGACGAAGGCGACGUCGCCGUAUCCCCAGAAACGCAGGAACAGCCCACCCCAUUCCAGCUCUUGCUCGCUGCCUUCGUCCUCCUCCUACAUAGGUACACAGGCGACACAGACCUCCUCAUAGGCAGCAAAGCGCCCAGCACGCCUGACCCGCUCAUCCUCCGCAUCUCUGUCGAACCUAACGACCCCUUCUGGUCAGUCGUACGUCGUGUACAGAGCACGGAACGCGAUGCAGAAGCCUGUGCGGUGCCUUAUGAAGACCUGCUCGCUGCUCUCCGCUUGCCGAGCGUGACGCCCGACUCACCGGCAAGUGUCUUCCGCGUGAGGUUCUUCGAUGGUACCGACCGCCCGCCAGAUGGGUUCUUGCAGAGCACGACGCUCACGACGGACUUGACGCUGUACGUCACUCGGUCUGCUGCUGCGGACUCUGCGCGCGCGAGUCUGCUACCACAGUUGAGCCUGUCGGUAGCGUACAACUCGCUGCUCUUCACUUCGGCUAGGAUUGCGCAUCUCACAGCCCAGCUAUCCCAGAUCCUCGUCGCUGCCGCCUCAGACCCGCUUGCACCCGUAUCCUCCAUCUCCCUCCUCACGGUGGAACAGUCCAAGGUGCUCCCCGACCCGCGCGCAGACCUCAACUGGUGCGGUUGGGCAGGAGCCAUCACAGACAUCUUUUCGCGCAACGCCGCUUCCCACCCGGAGAAGACCUGCGUCGUCCAGUGUCUCCCUCUCCAGGGAGGAGUGCAGCAGAGAGUCGCGUACACGUAUGACCAGAUAUGGAGAGCGAGCAACAUCCUUGCACAUUGUCUGGUCCAAGGAGGCGUGCAGCAGGAAGAAGUCGUCAUGGUCUAUGCGUACAGGAGCGUAGAGCUCGUCGUAGCCGUAAUAGCGGUGCUCAAAGCGGGCGCGACGUUCUCCGUCAUCGACCCCGCCUAUCCCCCAGCAAGACAGAUCAUCUACCUCAAAGUCGCCAAACCCCGCGGCCUCGUCGUCCUCUCCGGCGCAGGGCAGAUCGCCCCCCAAGUCAGGGAAUACAUCACCACGGAGCUCGACAUCCGUGUCGAAGUCCCCGCCGUCUCCCUCACCCCCUCCACGGUGCUCGGCGGACCAGGCCCCAACUCACAAGACAUCCUCGCCCCCUUCGCCCCUCGUUCCGGGGAGAACCCAGCGAUAACCCUAGGCCCAGACUCGAUCGGCACUCUCUCGUUCACCUCUGGCUCCACUGGUGUGCCAAAAGGCGUCCGAGGGCGACACUUCUCCCUCACCCAUUUCUUCCCCUGGAUGGCGACCCGCUUCAACCUCUCCUCCUCUUCGAGGUACACCAUGCUCUCGGGCAUAGCGCACGACCCUAUCCAGCGGGACAUCUUCACUCCUCUCUUCCUGGGCGCGGAGCUCUGGGUCCCGACAAGCGAGGACAUUGGCACUCCCGGCCGGCUAGCAGAGUGGAUGCGCGAUGCGGGUGUAACAGUGACCCAUCUCACACCGGCCAUGGGCCAGCUCCUGAGUGCGCAAGCCAGUGCCCAGAUCCCCCAUCUGCGAAACGCAUUCUUCGUCGGUGAUAUCCUUACCAAAAAAGACUGUCUCCGGCUCCAAGGCCUCGCUCCCAACGUCCGUAUCGUCAAUAUGUACGGGACGACCGAGACCCAGCGCGCGGUGUCGUACUACGAGAUCCCGGCUCGGGCGGAGCAUCCCGCCGCUUUGCAGGAAAUGAAGGAGACGAUCCCUGCCGGCCAGGGGAUGGUAGACGUCCAGCUGCUCGUUGUGAACCGGCAUAAUAGGGAGAUAAAGUGCGCUGUCGGCGAAGUCGGGGAACUGUAUGUCCGCAGUGGGGGGUUGGCGGAAGGCUACCUAGACCAGGAGAGCACGAGCACCAAGUUUGUCCAGAAUUGGUUUGCCCAGGGACUGAUGUUCGGGGACUCGAUCGAUGGCCCGGCUAGGCGCUACUGGAAGGGCGUCAGGGACCGUAUGUACCGGACUGGCGACUUGGGACGGUACUUGCCCUCCGGGCUCGUGGAGUGCACAGGGCGCGCAGAUGAUCAAGUCAAGAUCCGCGGAUUCAGGAUCGAGCUGGGAGAGAUCGAUACCUGCCUUGCCCAGCACCCCGGGGUGAGGGAGAACGUCACCCUCGUCCGGCGUGAUAAGAACGAGGAGAAGGUACUUGUGAGCUAUUUUGUACCUAUGGAAGGGAUCGACGAGUGGGAAAGCGAGGUCGACGCCAAGGACGAGGAGGGCGCUGUGUCCUUCAGCAGGAGGUAUAGGAGGUUGAUCAGGGACAUACGCGAGCAUCUGCGCAAGAAACUGCCUAGCUAUAGUAUCCCCUCUCUGUUCGUCCCGCUCUCGCGCAUGCCCCUCAACCCGAACGGAAAGAUCGACAAGCCCGCAUUGCCCUUCCCGGAUACGGCUGCUGCUGCGGCAGCAGCAUCGACCGCCGCUCCGACGGAUAUGACCCCUACCCAGAAGACGAUCCACGAUAUCUGGGCUCGGCUGCUUCCUACUCCUUCUCUGCCCAUCUCGCUCGAAGAGAACUUCUUCGACCUCGGCGGCCACUCGAUCCUCGCCACGCGGUUGAUAUUCGAGCUUCGCAAGACGUACGCUAUCGACGUCCCCCUUGGGCUCGUCUUCGACUCCCCGACAAUUGCCGGCUUGGCAGAGGAGGUCGACUUGCUCCGCCAGGUGGACUUUGGUCUGGCGAAAGACACUGCUCCUGAGGUCAAAGUUCCUGUUAGUGGGAAGAAGCCUGUUCCAGCACCGGCGGACGAGUACUCCAAAGACUUUGAUGCGUUGUUGCCCAAGCUUAAGCCUUCCUACGCCCCUCUUCCCCCGGAUUUCGCCACGAAGAAGCUUACGGUCUUCCUCACUGGUGCAACGGGCUUCCUCGGGGCGUUCAUCCUCGCCGACUUGCUUGCGCGGCCCGAACGUGUCGCUAAAGUCAUCUGCCUCGUUCGGGCAAAGGACGAAGCUGCAGCACUGGCCCGCUUGAGGGAGGGCAGUAUAGGCCGAGAUGUCUGGGACGAGAAAUGGGUCACGGACGGUAGGCUGCAAGUCGUCAAAGGUGACUUGGCUGAAGAACGUUUUGGCCUGUCGGUUCAAGUUUGGGAUUCAAUUGCCACGCAGGCUGAUGCCGUGCUGCAUAACGGCGCAUUGGUGCACUGGGUCUUCCCGUACUCCAAACUGCGGGCGGCGAACGUCCUCUCCACUCUUACCGCUCUGGAACUCGCCUCCACACACAAGUCCAAAGCAUUGUCGCUCGUUUCCUCCACAUCUGAUAUCGAUACAGAGCAUUACGUGCGAUUGUCAGAUUCUCUGUCAGAUGGCGAUCGUACCGGUGUACCGGAAAGUGACGAUAUUGAAGGUGCCCGGACUGGGUUGAAAACGGGUUAUGGCCAGUCCAAGUGGGUUGCGGAGAAGCUUCUGAUGGAAGCUGGAAAGCGCGGCCUGCGGGGACAUAUCGUUCGCCCGGGCUACGUCGUCGGCCAUUCAACGUCCGCCGUCACCAACACGGAUGACUUUGUCUGGCGUUUGGUCAAGGGAUGCAUUCAGCUCGGUCUGGUGCCAGAUAUCCACAACACGAUCAACAUGGUGCCCGUCGAUCACGUCGCAAGGAUCACGGCUCUGUCCGCCAUAGACGUCCCUACCAACACGUUCCCCGUUUUGCACGUUGCCGCACAGCCAGCCGUGCGCUUUAAUGAUCUCCUCCUUGGUCUAUAUCACUAUGGGUACAAGGUCCAGCAGAUCGAAUACCUCGUUUGGCGGCGCAAGCUCGAGGAGCAUGUUCUUGAAGUACAGGACAAUGCGCUUUUCCCAUUGCUGCACUUUGUCGUUGAUGACCUACCCACGAGCACGAAAGCGCCCGAGCUGAGCGACAGCAACACUGUUGCCCUCCUGACGAGGAAUAACUCGCCAGAUAGUAUGACUGUGGAUGAGGCUCUAUUAGGCAAGUACCUCGCCUGGCUUGUUGCGACUGGCUUCCUGGAAAACCCGACGGAAAGCGGAAAGCCGUUGCCCAAGCUGAAUCUGCCAAAUGGACAGGUGAAAGCCAUUGGCCGAUCUGGUAUGUAGAUGCCAACCAAAAGGAAUAGAUCCUAGUAUAGAUCUACUGUAUAUCUAAAUGAAAUUUUGAAUUUCAACC